CGGAGCGCUGCCCCGCGUGACGGAUGAGGAAGCGGCUUUUGCGCCCGCCCACAGGCGGCAAGGGGCCAAUGGGCGGAGGAGAUCUGCUGACGGACGGCGAACGAGACCAAUAGCAGCUCGGGGCGGGGUGAGUUCCCUCACGCUAUGAAUCUGCAUGCUUGGGGACUGCAGUGUCUUUGGAGCCGCGGGCCCGGCCAUGUCCCCGCUGCCGGAGGCGGAGCUGGUGCGCAGCUCGGUGCAGCUGUACCGGUACCUGCUGCGCUGCUGCCGCCGCCUGCCCCCGGGCCCCAUCCAGCAGCACUACAGACACGCCAUCCGGCAGAGUUUCAAAGUCCAUGCUGAUGAAGAUGAUCCUGAGCGAAUCCAGCAGAUCAUUAAGAGAGCCAUUGAAGAUGCUGACUGGGUGAUGAAUAAAUAUAAAAACCAGAAGUAGAAGAGGAAGGAUGAAACCGAGGAGGACAUUGGUAAACAUCCUUAGAGGACUUGCAGUCAAGCCCAGUACUGUAAUAGCAUUAUUGCCUGAAGUUUUCUCUUGGAUAAUAUAAACACAAUCAUUUCACUGGGAUGUCAUGAAGCUAAAUUAAUAUUUCUGAAGAAAUUCAAUUUUGUAAAUUACUUUGUAUAAUCAUGAACUUCUAAGUUAAAGCCCAAGCUUGCCUAACAUUUGAGUAACUUAUUCCAUAAUACUGUUGGGCCUGGAUCAACCCUAGCAGUGUGUGAUAACGCUUGUUGUGCAGGUUCUUUGGGGACAAGGCACCCCUGCAUCAGUCGCUGUGGAUUUGGGGACUGAGUGUUUCAUCCCCUUGUGUGUGACGCUGGUUAUGGCUGGCACUCUGCUGGGUCACAUCGGCCUCUAUAGGACAGUCGGUGUUGUCAGAGUGCCCGCUGAGUGGGGUCAGUGCCCGUUCAGCCGGGUCAGUGCCCUGUGCCAUGCUCUGCAAUUCAGAGGCUUCACAAGGCCUUGCAGCACAUAAUGAAUGUUCUUUAAGCAGGGGGUCUGUGUCCCUGCGGAGCAGCCCGCCCCGCAGUGCCGGGCUGUGUUUCCCGAGGGAGGCCAGCUGGGCACAGGCCCCGGGCGUGCCCGCCGUGCCCGCCCGGCUGCAGUUGCGGCGGGCCGCCUGCAGGUGGCGGUGCCGCCCGGCGCCGCUGUCCCGCGGGCAGGGCAGGGCAGGGCAGGGCAGGGAUGAACUCCGGGCUCGCCAGAGGCGAGGAGAAUUUGGCAGGACUGCACCAGAAAUGGGGCCGCCACUGAAAUCCACAGAGUAUUCUAUCAAAAAACUUCCUUUUCUCUGCUAACUCUCCUCUCCUGGAAUUCCUGCUCUCUGUUACACUUCCCUGGGCCAUCGCCACUACUGUUCCUCUUUCUGCUCCCAUGUCUUUCAUGUCACCCUUAUGCACCCUUAACUUUUGUUGUCUUUGUUUUCCCUAUUCCUUAAUGAUGUUCUUAUCUUGUCUCUCUACCCGCCUUAUUUCUCCUCCUCAAGUCCUUUUCUGCACCAGAUGAUACUCAGUAUUAUGCUGGAGCCAGCCUUCUGCUUAACUUCAGAUAAAGCAGGAAGGUAAUAGACUUUCUCAACAGAGUAGGUGUUUCUCCAUGUGAGGAAAGCCACUUGUCUUUCUAACUAGGUACAUUUUUUUUUUAAAUUGCAGCCAUUCUGGUUUAAACUUUCAAAAUAAUUUUGUGCAAGGCAGAGCACAGAAAUCUUCAACCUUGGCAGUUGACAAGGAAUAUCCAGUAUGAUCUUGAAGACUAAUAAAAAAGCUCAAGCAUUUUUUGGUAGAAGUUCUCUGAAUGUGCUUCUUCUGAUCAAGACCAGCAAACAGGUGACCUGUGCUGUUCUCCAGGUCUGUUCUGUGAGUGUGGUCAGUAGCAUAGAGAUGCACUGAAUUUUGUAUCACUGCAAUAGUGAUUAAAAACUCUUAGGCUUAGUGAGAUUAACAGUGUAUGGUAGCAUGGCAGUUUCCUGAACUUUAAAUGUGGAGUGAUCACACCCCUCUAUGCCUUUAAUUGACUUUUGGUAGUGUGAGAUGUAAUAUUUUGUUCAGUUACAAAAAGGAUAAUUGCAUGUGUUUAAAUCAUUCUUAUAUGCCUGUUAUUUAAUUUAUGGCUAGUUCAAGAGGGAAAGGACCAUAGAGCUGGAAGUUACAGCCAUGGCUUGUCUGCAGCUCCAGAUGUCUGAGGUGCCAGCUGGGAUAUGGGAGCAUCAGACCAAAGGUAUGGUAGUAGGGUUUGGAAAGUGAUAGAGCAUUCAGUUUUCAAUAGGCUACAGAUGGGGAACAUGGUUGGUGAGGCUGGAGACAUCAUGACUGAAUAUAUUGAUAGUAGUGAUUCAGCUACAGGCAUGAGGAGAAGUCUGAAGGACUUUUGUACAAACUUAAUCUGGUUUUCGAAGUAAAAAGACUUCUAGUAGAGUCAAAGAUAACUUUGUUUUCUCAAUAUCCAAGUAAUUUUCCUGCUGGUGAGGAGAUAUGAUGCUAACAACUAUUUACUUCCUUGCAAUAGUAACCCCAAUACCUCAGACAUGUUUCUGUAAUGACUGGACUGAAGAGUCCUUCAGCUGCAGAGCUCAGGCUUUUAUGUUUUCAGGACAUUAUACAAAUUCCAUUCUCCAGCAACAUAAUUUGAGACCAAAGAUGUUAUAGUAACCCAGAUGUAGAUGAGAACCUGAACUCUGAAAUGGGUUUUGGGCAGAGCUUCAGUACUUUUGACCAAAAUUACUAUUCCAAAAACUUCUUCUCAGAAGUCAUUUGACCCUGGAGUUGUCCAAAUUUAUCCCUCACUGACCUGCCUGACCUGAGACUUACACAGUGAGUUCUCUUCACCUGUGUUUGAGCAGCUCUCUGCCUCUCUGCCCCCCAGCACUGCUGAGCCUGAAGAGCUGUUCCCUAUUCCCUUGGUGCUGCUGUGCUGGCAAUUACUGCCCAUGGGGACAAAGGCACAGUCACAGGCAGUGUCCUCCCAGGUUCUGCUGUGGCAAUUGGGUAGAAAAUAGCAACCCCAAAUACACUGGUGCACCUGUGUUCCCAUUUUCAGUCCUCCAGAAUCUCUGACCAUAAAGAUGGUGGGUAAAUGAGGCUGGGUUGUGUUCUGUAAUUAUUUUUGAAGAGUUUAAAAAGCUCAUGAUGCUCACGAGGCUGCUGACAGAGCAAGGGAUAAUGUCAGUAAAAGGAAACAAGUGUAUUCAUAGGCUUCAGUUUCUUUUACUGCAAUGAGGAACCCAUUUCUGUGCCAGUUCUGGUAAGUGAUGAGCCGUUGAUAGGUGAUUGCAGUAACCCCUAAACACUGCCAAAAACACUUUUGCAGCUAGUUCCAGUAGGAUCUUGAGUCAAUAACUUCUUCUGGGUACUCCAAAGUUAUGAGUUUAGUGAAAUUAAGAGUUCAAACAUUGUAUGCGGGCAGCUCUUGAUUAAGGUAGUGAGGGUUUCACUGGAGGCUUGUUAUGCAAGGGCAAGACAAACAUUAAGACAAAGACAGUGGGACACUUCUGAUUAAUAAAGUGAUAUCAUGCUUUACAUUCUUGAAGUAUAGAGAAUUAAUAAUUUAAAUCACUUUACAGACUUACCAACAUCCAGUCUAAGGCCAGAACCAACACUGGAGCUAUACUUUCUGUUUUGUGUAUACACAGCCUUGGAAACCUAAAGCUGAAAUUGUGUGUGAAUGAUCUGUACAUUACAAAUAGGGAAGCAACAUGUCAAAAGAUGGAGAAGUAGCAGUGGGUUGGUCAAUGUAUUUUUAGUGUUUGUGUUCCUGCUCUUAAGUCCACAGAGAAAUGGUAAAGACCACUUUGGUUAUUAGUAGCCUUGGAGCCUCACGCAGAAGUGUCCUGUGUAGUGAAAUUCUUUCCCUUUUAUUUAUUUUUGUAAUUCAUUUAUUCGUUUCAGGUUUUGGUACGGACGAGAUUGUAAAUUCCUGUUUUAUGUAGUAUCCAGGAUAGCAUUCCACUCUUCACGUGGCCAGAGACAAAUACACUUCUGAUCACAUUCUUGUGUCAGACGUGUUACUGAUUUCCAUUCACACUGCCACCAAAGUCAUUUGAGCCCUGUGGAGACUGAAUAGAAUAUUUCCAACCCAGGCCAGGCCUUGCUUAGCACCAUUUGUCAGUAAUGGAAUAUUCUUUAAAUCAUUCUUUAGCACUUUGUAAACUUCCUCACGUGGUGGGUUAUGUCACAGGCAUUGCUUUUUGUUUAGGGACACUUGAGCAUAAGGACAUGAUGCUAAACAAAAAUCUCAACUCUGUGGUAUUUGGCUCAUUUUCAAAUGUCAUAAGGAAGUAAUCUUUACUGUGAUGCUGUAAAGAGGAGGAAUGCACGCUAUUUCUGGGAGAAACAAAUAAUAUUCUCUCACAUCCUUUUUAGAGGAAACAGUUUCUUAUUUGUAAAAGCUUUUAACAUGGCAUUAUAAAUUGUGCCUUCAUAUAAAACUUUGAUAAGCUGCAAACUGAAUGGGCAGCACGUCUGUGAGUCUAAAAUACUCAAUAUCAUAAUAUCUAUUCAUUGUGAGACUCCCUGACCUGAUACUGUAAGAAAGAGUCGUUAGAGCUUUAUGCCCCACAAUGUCAUGGCCCUCAGUGUCACUCCAAAGACAGGGGAGAUUUGGGGUGAGCAGUAUCUUGGCCAGAGCAGUCUAAAGCAAGUCUCUGACACGAACCUGCACUGCCCACUUGGUCUGUCCCUUUCCUGCAGCAUUGCCUGCUGCUCAGAGCCGAUGUACCUCUGCUGGAGCACGAUCCAGCUGGUGCAUCUUUCAACUUUUCUAUUAUUUGAUUAAUUUAUCUUAUACUUCUGUCAAGCCAAGUUUUAUGAAAUAGUGUUAACUGAAAUAUACACCAGUCAUCAAGUACUCCUUUCAGCUUGUGAUUAAGCAGGGCAGACACAUUCACUUGAAAAAAAACCCUGUUCUUUGAGGACUGUUUUCUGUUUUCCUCAUAAUUGUGUUUGAUAUUUAAAAUAGGUUUUUUAAAGUUUAGAAGCAGAGGGAGGCAUCUGUCACUUGCACCUAAGAGCUUAACAGUGUUUGUGUUUGUCAUUGGGGGAGAGGUCCCUGGCAUUGCUCACUGCACUUGUAGAGUCUGAAGAGGAAAGUUCUGCACCUGCUGUUUGCUGUCUUCACCUGUGGACACUGAACUUACCCCUUCUGUAACUACCUACCUGGGUGACUUUUCCCCCAGAAGAAUCUGCCUUCAUGUUCUGCAUGAAUCCGUUCUGAAAAGGAUUCAUUUGAUUUUUGUUUUUUUAAUCAGCAGCUUCUGAGCCAGCUUGGUUUGUGUGCUUCACAGAAUCAUUCAGGCAAAAGACCUCCCAGCCCAUGGAGUCCAAGCUGUGCCCAAUCCCCACCUUGUCCCCAGCCCAGGGCACUGAAUGCCACCUCCAGCCCUUCCUUGGACAUCUCCAGGGAUGGGCGCUCCAAACCUCCCUGGGCAGCCCCUGCCAUUGCUUGACAACCCUUCUGUGAAGAAACUCCUUCUGAUGUCCAACCUGAUCUUCCCCUGGCACAGCUUGAGGCUAUAUCACUAACCCAUAUGAAAUAUUUUCCUCCAGCUGCAGCUGCACAGCUUCAGACUGAGUGGCCUCAUUACCUUUGGGCUGCCUUCUGCUGGGGUUCAGCAUCAUCUCUUUAAAAAACACUGCACUUAAUAUCUUUUUAUUGUUACUCCUUAUAUUUUGCACCAUCUCUGGUAUUAAUUCUUGUUCGGAAGAGUUUAAAACUGCUGGUGUUUUGAUUAUAUUCUCCCCUUCUACAGAAUGGAUUUUAAAAGAUGCAAAAUUGACAAUAAAUUCUUGUGGCUGAUGAGGUUGACUUACAUUCUGCAUUAAAUAAAAUCACAUAAGAUCUGGGAUUUUCUCAGUCUUACUUCAAUUUCUUAGCAGUCAUUUCAUCUACAGAAAGUGGUCUGUGUCUCAGCUAGUGCGAAACGAGGAACAAGGAAAACUGAAAACAAAUGGCAAACAGAAGUUAGUCUGGAAAAUAUUGUGUCAUGAUGGUGGGAACAGGCAAAGGUUGUAUAUUUUGGAGCCACCUUCCUUAUAGUGAGUCAAUAUGGGGACUGACUUUUCUUGCUUAAAAAUAGAGUAUUUUGGUUUUCACAACUGCAAGGGCUGCUUUCUCUUUUAUUUUCUGUUUUCCCCUCCCAUUUCUAGAGGUCACAUAAAUGAUGUGUUAAACAACAGUUUACAGUACAGAAUGCAGACACCUGUUGAGUCUUGGAACUUUCUCUUCCCCAAGUGCUUUGUUGAGUUUGUCCUUUUCCUGGCUGAAAGUAUCUCACAGAGUACAUUGCAGCUUUCUGGCCAAGAUUUCCAAAGUAAUUCUCAGAUUGCCUUUGAGGUGUUUAACCUUUAAAAGGCACACAGCAGCUCUCAGACAGGUUGGGACUCGGGACAAACGGCAGCAAAUUGCUUAUUCUCUCCUAGCAUGGCUCUGAGGUAGGGUACUGACAUGGUAUUGAUCAGUUUACAACUGUUUCAGAAACAUUGUUUAAAAAUACCAAGAUCUCCAAAUCCUGCUCUCCUGACUGACUGAAUAGAGCCUGUAGGAUGUCUCAGUGACAUUAUACCAAGUCUGGUUAUUUCUAAUUGAUUAAAUGCAGUAAAAAGGCAUCCAGGGUUAAUUAUGAAAUUUGAGACAGAGAGCCAGUCCCUGCACUCUAACUUCAUUAUCCUCAUAAGCAAAGGUGCAGAUUUUAUAGCUGGCGUAAUUAUACAAAGAAUAUACACAAUAUGAGUGGUAUUUAGCAUAAAAAGUAACGAAUACAAUCCACGUCUGGUUGAGAGGAACAGAACCACAAACCCUUUGAUGUAACAAUGAGGCUUUGAAAGGAAUAGAUUGGGUACAGUACUGAACCUGUAAUCUGCUCACUUUAUUGCACUAUAUGGGGAGAGCCUUAUUUAUUUACUACAUAGGAAGUGUUUUCAAUUUUAUAAGUACCUGAAAGAAAUUGCAGCUCAUAGUUAUGUAGCUUUGCUCCACAGAACUCCGUAACACUCGUAAGAACCUCUGGAAUUCAUAGGGACUGUCUGUUAAAUGGGAGACACCUAUCUUGCCUUCAUGAUCUAUCAAAUUCUGUCUUGGUCUGUACUAACAAAGGCAGUCUGGAUAUUGCUUAUCAGGAUGUUUACUUUCCAUGCUGUUCUUGGGUUCUGAGCUGAAGCCACUGGAAUCAAAGGCAAAGGCUCCCAUGUACACUCCAUGAUUUCAGCUGUAUUCACCAUCUUAAACCAUUUUGCACUACCUGCAAUACUCAGAGUAGUUGCCUGUGCUCAAUCAUGGUUACCAGAAUUAAAAGUGAAACAGUUUUGUUUUUUCAGUUUACAAAACUUAGUGUCUGUAGCAGCAUGGAUGGACAAGUUCAAGAGGUGGGUGUGAUGCUGAAGGCAAAUAUAUUCUCCAUAAAUCAGCUUGGAAUCUGGGCCCAAAGGCAUCAUUUUAUGUGAGGGGAAGGCAGAAAGAAUUCUGAAGUUUUGUUGUCCAGUAAUUAGUUGCUUUCUUUUCCCAUGUUCAUAUGCUCUUUUGGAAAAAUAAAUAUUAAAAAUUCUGCUGCUGCCUUUA